GACACAAGUGACCUUGACCGCUCGUAAAAGCAAAAGUUUAGUCCGGAGACUAAGGAAAAGGUCCCAGAAUGAGUGACAAGAAAGAGGAUCACGUGUUGACAAUGAAGACAGUUAAUCCUCGAGCUGUUGAGAUGGAAUAUGCCGUACGAGGACCCAUUGUGACACGAUCAGUUGAAAUCACCAAAGAACUAGCAGCUGGAGUACAAAUGCCAUUCAGCAGUGUGCUGCCAGCCAAUAUAGGAGACUGCCACGCUACUGGCCAGACACCGAUCGCUUUCAUCCGGCAAGUGGUGGCCCUGUGUACGUACCCACAGCUACUGCAGUCUGAUCAGUUCCCGGCAGAUGCCAAACAGCGAGCAGAAAGGAUUCUGGCAGGGUGCAAGGGCAGUAGUGUUGGCUCUUACAGCGCUUCUUCUGGCGUUGAUGUGAUACGUGAAGACAUUGCGGGCUACAUCAUAAAGAGAGACGGUCACCCAGCCAAUAUGGACGACAUAAUCCUAAGCUGUGGUGCCAGUGACGGGAUUAAGACCGUCUUAAAUCUGAUGAUGACGGGAAAAGAUGGCAAUGAGGCAGCCGGUAUCAUGAUUCCAGUCCCUCAGUAUCCGCUGUACUCCGCAACAUUGACUGAGUUCAAUGCAUUUCCAAUACCAUACUACCUGAAUGAAGAGAAUAAAUGGAGCCUGGAGGUGUCAGAACUGAAGAGGGCUUUAACCGCGGCAAAAGGAAAGUGCUUGCCUCGAGCUAUCUGUGUGAUUAACCCUGGCAAUCCGACUGGGCAGGUUCUGAGUCGGAAAAAUAUAGAGGACGUGAUAAAGUUUGCUCAUGAUGAGAAGUUGAUUCUUCUCUCAGAUGAGGUGUAUCAGCAUAACGUGUAUGCUGAAGGUUCGGAAUUCUUUUCAUUCAAGAAGGUGAUGACAGAAAUGGGAGCUCCGUACUGCAACAUGGAGUUGGCAUCGUUCAUGUCAGCCUCCAAAGGUUACAUGGGCGAGUGUGGGUUCCGGGGUGGGUAUGCAGAGGUUGUAAAUUUCCAGCCGGACGUUAGGGCCAUUCUUCUGAAAUCAAUCUCUGCAAAACUGUGCCCACCCAUUUUAGGCCAGGUGGUCAUAGAUACUAUCGUUAACCCUCCACAAAAGGGCGAGCCUUCCUACGAACAGUUUGAAAGCGAGAAAAAUGUCGUCCUAGACCUGUUGAAGAAGAAGGCUAAGUUGAUAACAAAGCUUUUCAAUUCCAUUGAGGGCAUAAAAUGCAAUGAGGUGAUGGGGGCUAUGUAUGCAUUCCCUCGACUGUUUCUCCCAGAGAAGGCAGUAGCAGCGGCAAAAGCCAAGAACCAGUCGCCCGAUUUCUUUUACUGUUACCAGCUUCUGGAGCAGACUGGUUUGUGUGUGGUUCCCGGCAGUGGUUUUGGUGAGAAGGAGGGGACCUACCACUUUAGAAUAACUAUUCUUCCUCCGCUGGAGGAGAUGGAAGGCGUGCUAGAGAAAUUCAAGGAGUUUCACCUGAAAUUCCUGCAGCAGUAUAAGUAGGAACUUCGCUCUUCAGGCAUGGUAUGGUGAUGUGCCUUCUGCUGCAUUUUGAUGCCUUUCCAACAGCCUUGUGAACAUUUCCACUGUGUGAGAAUGCUGCACUGUACUGAACUGCUUUGCUUUCCUUGAAUUCAAUUUGUUUGUUAUUUUGAUGUCCUUUAUUGGCGUAUUUUUGUUAUUUGGAUUUUUUAUUUUAUUUACGUGUGAUUGUUAUAUACUAUAUCUAUCUAUAAGACUUUAUAUGAACUUUAUUUGUUUAUGAGUUGUUAAUGAUUACAGACCAGGUAGCAUUUUCCAUGAGAUGUGGCUAAAACUUGAGCUUUAAGUUAAUUGUUAAAACUAAUUUGCCUCACACCUCUGAAUGUCUUAUUGCACAUAUUCUAUUUCAUGUCUUAUUGCACACAUUCUAUUUCAUCACCAUAAGACAGAUUUGGCCAAUUUGUCAGAAUGAGAUAUUUGCUAAUGCAUUACAAUCGGUGAAAAUAUCACACAUCCUGUCAGACUCUGAGACAUUUUGGAAUGAGAUAUUUGCCCAUGCUUACAAUCGGUGAUAAUAUCACAUAUCCUGUCAGAGUCUGAGACAUUUUGUCUGUUGUAGUCCAAAUGUCUGUCUGUCCAUUGUUCUGUCUGCAAGGCCUCACAGUGCGUGGACUAAGCUUUAUGCUGCUAGUUAUGCAGGGUAUUAUGGUCCAGUAAAUUAAUGACAAGUACAUUUAUAAUUCAAAUUAAUAUUUUUAGAUAUUAGCUUAUAAUUUUUAGAUUAUGUAAAAAGGUGUUUUAUUUGUCGACAUAAGCAUUAUUUUUUGAAAACAGCAUUAUUUGAAAAAAUAUUUAUUUAAUGAUAUUUUAUAUUUUGUAAAUCGUAUACAACAGGGUAUUUAUAAUCUGGGUUUGGGUGGAGAAAUACAAGAACCAGUUUUAUGGCAUUUGUGCAUAUAACCCUGUGUGAUGCAAUAAAACAAGUCAUGUGCAUGUAUUACAAUGUAUGUGUGUGUUUUCUGAGUCAGAAAGUUCUGUAUUCAAGUAUAAAUGUAGAUAUGUAAACAGACUUUGUAAUGGUAAACAACCAUGUUCAAUGGUUAUCAAUAUUCGGUUAGUGUGUUGUUAUAAAGUGAAAGCAGUAUCUUGAUGAAGUAUUGUAUCAUAGUUACCCAGGUUUUUAAGAAAUUUAAGUUGAAAAUCCUGGUUAUUAGAUUGGUGCAUGACAAGCGAUAGGAUGGCGUUAACUGUUUAAUGGGUGGUUUCAUGGCGAUAACUUUAGUUUGCACUGGCAAAUUUUAAACUAGGGAUAUAGCAGUCUGGCACUGAGGUCGAGCUUGGUAUAAUAUCGGAGACCUUUCAGGUUGAAGCCAACAUCUUUCUUACUAAAAAUAGAAAACAGUUUCCACUCAGUAGUAUCUGGGGGAGAUAAUGCACUUAAAUUGUGUUUUAACCUAACUUACAUGAAGAUCUAGCUUAUAAUUGUCUUUGGUGACAGUUGGGGCAAGGCUAAUGUCACUGUUACUAAAAAUAGAAAAACAGCAAAUACCCGGUAUGUAUUUUCUGUUCAAUAACUACUUGGCACUGAACAAUCCUCAUGAAACUCAGGAUAUAGCAACCUUACACGGGGACCUAGCUUGGGAUCGUUUUUAAGGCAGGUUAGAUAAAGGUAAAGGUCACUGAUACUAAAAAUAUAAAAAGGUUGCUUACACUCAAUAACUUAUGUUUGGAAGGAGGUAUUGUUGGAAUUGUGUAUGUCGGUAGAUUACAAGCAUUUGUUUUGCAUUUGGAGGAGUCAGGUCAUGGUCAAAACUACUGUUUUAUAAAAAGAAGAAUGUUUUCUGGUAAAUAACUUCUGUAUGGAUGAAAGUAUUGGACUCGAACCUUUUUGUAGGCUGCUUUUAUGCAGACCAGCAUGGGAGUUUAUUUUUGGCCAGUCUUUUUAAGGUCAAGGUCACUGCUACCAAACCAGAGAAAAGGUCUGUGAUCAAUAAUUGAAUUGAGAUGGAGAUAUGAGUUCUGAAUUUGUAUAUGUUUGUAGCUAACAUGCAGACCUAGCACACUAAGCACAGGUUUGCAUUUGGGACCAGUUGGAUCAAGGUAAAGGUUACUUAAAUAAAAAAAACUGUUGACUGGUAUGCUCAAAAAUUAUAAUUUGGAUGAAGGUAUUGUAGGUAGCUUACACUCAGGCCUAGUUUUCUUAGUUAAGUUUCACUGUCUUUCACUUUAUUACUUUAUAAUACCCUGGUAACCUUUACUGCAGCAUGUGUUGGUCCCAAGUGGAUUCAUUUUAUUCUCUGUUAUAAAAGAAGUGUUAAUAUUUUUUGCAUUAAGUGCGUUAACAGAGUGAGAUUGUAUGGUGCUUUCUGUUUAAUAUAUUUUUGAUCUUCAAAGUAUUCCUAUCAGAUUCAGGAUUCUUCAAAUAAUGGUAAUGUAUGUUGGUGUACCAAAUCCCAGUACUUGUGCCAUUUAAAAUGUUAAUACUUGUGCCAUUUAUUUACCAGUUUUCAACCAAGUUGAAAAGCCUAGUUAUUAGAUUUAGUGAUUAGUUAUUAGAUUUAGGUAUGGUGGGUGGGUGGCAGGAGGGUGGGAAGAUGCCUUCAAACAGGCGGUUUCGGGUCAAUAAAAUACUUUUUCAUUGGAACUUGAUGAAACUAUAUGUUGCAAACUUGAACCUAGCAUCUGUUUGUAUUUUGGAGCAUCUGGUCCAGGUCAAGGUCACUGUUCCUAAAGAUUAAAAAAAAUGUUUCUGCUCAUCUUUGCAAUGGAUUGAGUUAUUGUGCUGAACUUUUAAGUGAAGACCAUGUUGAAAUGUUGUGUGAAGGUUGCUUGCAUGAGAUCCUAGCUUCGUAUUGCACAAAUGUUUAAAUUAAAAUAACAUUUACAUUGAAAAGCUGGUUUUUUGACAUAGCCAAGUCUCAUGUUAUUUUCCUAUACUUAUAUUUUUAUAAUGUUAGACUAUUGUUAUGCAUUAUUUUAUUGGUUUAUUUACAAAAAUUGACUUAUUCUGUAAUUUGUAUUUUAUAAUUGAUAUAAUUGUGUUUUGUAAUUCUUUUACCCCUUUAAAUCAAGACACAAAUAAUUUACUGAAUGUCAUUGUAUCGCUAUGUCCGUAAUACUGUGCAAUGAAGUACUAUUAUAGUAAAUUUUAUUUAGAGUUGGACAGUUAACAAGUUCCACCUUAAAUCAAUGUAAAAUUUAAUAUGAUCAUUAGCCCUUAUUGUUUUACAAUCCUUUUUAUGAUCUCAUUCAAGCUUAACUUGAUUUCCCUGAUAUUUCAUGUUCAUUGGUAGUAUUAUAGUCCUAUUUAUAAGAAAGUUAAUUGACUUUCUGUGUUAAUGCAAUGUACCAAUUUCUAAAGAAAGAAUUACACAAUUAUUCCAUAUUUAUCUUUUUUAUUGCCGAACUUUUACACAGACUUGCUAUACUCAUGAUUCUAAAAGUGGCUUUAUAAGUCACAGGUUCACAAAUACUGAACAUUUUGUAGACAUAGGAUUAGUGUAUGAAACAAUAAUCUUUGUUGUCUUGUGCAAUUAACAGCUAUUAAUGAACUUGAAUUUAUAUUACAUCUUAUGUAUCAAACUUUUAAAACAAUGCAUAUACCUGAUAUUUGUUUCAUAUCAAAUUAUAUGAUUUGAUAACAUUACAUAUUUUAGAAGAAUAAGCCACCCAAACUAUGAAUGCUAUGGCUUAGACUGUUUUCACCAAAUGCUAAAAUACUGGGCCUUUACAUUUUAAGGAAACAGUUGAAAUAUAUACUACUUAUUUUGUUUUUAAUUAUGCAGAAGUAUGUAAGAAGUUAUCUCAGGUGCCUAUCGUAGAAUGGGAACACAUUUAUAUAGGUUUGUACUGUAUUUGGGAGACAAAACUUGUCUGAGAACAUGUUUAAUGUAUUCAGGAGACAAUAGUUGUCUGAAAACAUUUGUACUCUUUUCUGGAGACAAUAUUUAUUUGGAAACAUUUAAUAAAAUUUUAUUUCAGUUAUACAUCAUCACAAUAAUGUUUUAUUGCAAUUUUAUUGGAGACUUUUUGUGAUUCAUUGUUACGUUCUGGUAAUGUAGAUUGUAGAUUGUUGACCAUUUUAAAUACUGUGUGAAUUUUAAAAACUUAUCAAAUAUAACUUUAUUGUCAAUCAUGGAAGAAGCUUUUGAUUUGUUCUGUGUGUGCUGUAUUUGUCUUAAUCACUUACCAAUGUGCUUUUUGAAGAUGCUGCGAAGCAACUCGUCUAAGUUAUCAUACCAUGAAAAAAUUCUUCACAAUGGCGACCUAUGUAAAAGACCGAGCCAGUCCGAUUGAGAUAGCUCGAUUUUUCUAAUCGGCAUACCUCGCUGAUUAUCAUUGAUAAAGGUAUAGGAAGCUCAGCUAUAAAUAGGACAGCAUAUUCUGGGGAAAAGAUUUAAUAACAGUUUGAAAACGUUAAUUUUAAAUCAGUUAUAUUCAAUCCAUUAUAUGUUUAAAGAUCAAUGAAACAACUAUGCAUUUUCUGUAUUGUAUUUGACAUUUGUCGUGAUUCAGUAAAUAAAUUGCGAAUUGAAA